AUGACUGAAAUUUUACAGGCUCAGGAAGUUGAAGAAACUAUGAAGCGGAUUCAGUCCCACAAGGGUGUCGUAGGUACAAUUGUCGUCAAUUCUGAAGGUAUACCGAUAAAAUCAACGCUUGACAACACGACAACAGUUCAAUAUGCGGGAUUGAUCAGCCAGUUAUCGGACAAAGCUCGCUCUGUGGUGCGUGAUCUAGACCCGACAAACGACCUCACGUUUUUACGUAUCCGCAGCAAGAAGCACGAAGUCAUGGUAGCGCCUGAUAAGGAGUUUAUUCUGAUUGUCGUGCAAAAUCCGGUCGAUUGA